UACAUACGCCAAACGGAAGGACCACACCAUCUCUCACAGGCACAUCACAGACAACCAAGCACACGCGCAAAAUUCACAACUGCAGUCCUCUCCAGACAGAUGUCUCGUUACGAUGCUGCAGGAUCUCAAAAGAGUAGUAAGGCGCCAAGUGUGAACCAGGCAGUCAAUGGUGGGGAACCAGAACUGCUAAUUGUACUACGGGUCGGUCACGUUGCGGCCACUGUACAGACGGAAAGGCUGUGACAGCCCUAGCUUUGUUGUCACGUCGUGCAGCCAUGCUUGGCAGACCCCUAUUUUCAUUGUUAGACUUUGAACUUCCAUCUCCUUUCCACUUCACCCUUUAGAAUGGCACCCAAGUUGCAUGAUGAUGAUAUAAAGCAUCUUGGUAAUGCACCUCCCUCGUACGACACAAUCUCUAUGUCUGCAUCGGCGGAUUCUGUCAACUUCAAGCGACCAUUGAUAUGCUCCUUUCUACCCAUGAAGCAGAAACGAGUUCUAUCUUGCAUUCGUGAUAUUGUUCUCGCCCCUAACUUUCCCCCAUCGUCUGCUGCCCCAACUAUCAACGCCUGCGCCGCUGCCCUCCCAGCUGCGCGGUUUUCCGAUCUCCUGCAAACCUCCAAUGUCGAGGGUCACACGGCGCUGUACUGGGCAAUUGUGAACAACCGACGAGAAGCCUUUUUGGCCUUUGCUGGAUUCAUUUCUGAACUGUCGUCUGGUUGCUCCUCUGACUUGCGUCUCGCGUGCAUUGCAACUAGCGAUCAUGCAUCAUUUACCCAGUUGAAUUUGGGAAAUAGUGAUGCCAACGAAGAAGUUUUGAGACGCUCUUUGGGUUGUCCGCCGGAUGAGGUUCGGGUGAAUGAACUGGUUGACCAGCAGUUUGUUGCUUCUUUCCGUGUCAGGCUUUUCCAGAAACGCUUGCGCAUUACAAAGAAAUUGAGCUAUGAAUUCGUUGCGGGGGGACGUAUAUGGUUUUUGCGCUUUUAUAUGGACCCUAAGUGGAGAUGGCGCGUUGGCUUUGGUCUUUCUCCACCUAGCUUUCCAGCGCGGCCAAAAGGUGUACUUCUGAUAGAGGCCCACGCGGGGAAAGGGGAUCCUGGUUCUGAGAUUCCACCUCAGGGGCUGCAUAUGGCGUCUAGCGUCAUAAAGACGCUUGUGCCAGAUGGACCUGACUGUCAUGAAAUCCCUCCGGAAAAUGUAGCUGGUAGGCCUUUCAUCCACCACUCGUGGGAGUUGGGCGAUUGGGUGAUGUUUGAGAAUCCCAUUUAUGUAGACUGCGAUAGCACUCUACAUGCAAAGCUGGAGAUCACAUGCAAAUGAUGGUAGAUUGCAUGGCAGUGACAAUGGGAAGAUGGUGACGAUUAUUUAGGAGAGUCGAAGACAUGUAGGGCAUAUAAAAAAACACAACAACCCCCCUCUGUUACGUCUGUAUGGUAAUUCACGUCAACGCGAUCACUAUUGAAAACGCUUC